AUGAUGGUGUUCUUGCAGAUGAUGACCAAAGUGAAAGCUCAGGGCCUCGUGUCCGAUUUGAUGCCAAACAUCAAAUUGAUGCAGGCGGCUGGUCAUUUCCUAUUCAAUUACCACUCAGACAAUUCUGGCAUGACAACACUCUUGCGCAAGGUCUACUCCAGCGUCCACGCGUUCCUCAUCGUGAUCAACUACCUGUGCAUGGCCGCCAAUAUGGCGCAGUACUCCGAAGAAGUUAACGAGCUCACCGCUAAUACGAUCACGGUGCUGUUCUUCGCACAUUCGGUGAUCAAGAUGCUUUUCUUUGCUGUCAAUUCUAAGAGCUUUUACAGGACGCUCGCAGUAUGGAACCAGUCGAACAGUCACCCUCUCUUCACGGAGUCUGACGCCCGGUACCACCAGCUCGCUCUGACGAAGAUGAGGAGGCUGUUGUACUUCAUCUGUGGGGUCACUGUCUUGGCUGUAAUGAGUUGGAUCACAAUCACGUUCUUCGGAGAAUCAGUCCGCAUGAUUGCCAAUAAGGAGACAAACGAGACCCUGACGGAACCAGCUCCGAGGCUGCCUCUGAAGACGUGGUACCCCUUCGAUGCUAUGAGUGGCACUAUGUACGUGGUGGCUUUUGUUUACCAGGUCUACUGGCUGUUCUUCUCCAUGGCCAUAGCAAACCUCAUGGACGUGAUGUUCUGCUCCUGGCUCAUCUUCGCGUGCGAGCAGCUUCAGCAUCUGAAGGCCAUCAUGAAGCCCCUGAUGGAGCUCAGUGCUUCUUUGGAUACGUACAGACCUAACACUGCUGAGCUGUUCCGUGCUUCUUCUACCGAAAAACCAGAGAAGAUGCCAGACACAGUGGACAUGGACAUCCGUGGCAUCUACUCCACGCAGCAGGACUUCGGGAUGACCCUUCGAGGAGCUGGUGGUAGACUCCAGAACUUCGGGCAGCCAAACCCUAACAAUCCCAAUGGAUUGACACAGAAGCAAGAGAUGCUGGCCAGAUCUGCUAUCAAGUACUGGGUGGAGAGGCAUAAGCACGUUGUGAGAUUAGUGGCAUCCAUCGGGGACACUUAUGGCACCGCUCUGCUGUUCCACAUGUUGGUCUCCACCAUCACUCUGACUCUCCUCGCUUAUCAGGCAACUAAGAUCAAUGGGAUAAACGUGUACGCGUUCAGCACAAUCGGAUACCUCAGCUACACUCUCGGACAAGUAUUCCACUUCUGUAUAUUCGGGAACCGGCUUAUUGAAGAGAGCUCAUCAGUGAUGGAAGCAGCCUACUCCUGCCAGUGGUACGACGGCUCUGAAGAAGCCAAGACCUUCGUCCAGAUCGUCUGUCAGCAGUGCCAGAAGGCAAUGAGCAUCUCUGGGGCCAAGUUCUUCACGGUUUCACUGGACCUGUUCGCUUCUGUACUUGGUGCGGUGGUGACUUAUUUCAUGGUUUUGGUACAACUGAAGUAGAGGAUUUGUAUAAGUUUAAAGAGUGUAAAAGUUUUUUGUUUUAGAUAACAUUAGAAUAAGGAUAGUUUUUUUAUAGUUACAACAAGUAUUUGUGUAAACAACGCAAAUUACUGAAGUUUUAUAUUUUUCAUUCGUUUAGGAUUUACAAACUUAAUUUUAUUAGGGAUAAUUUAAAUUAGAUUGUUUCUUUUUUGGUGAAUAGUAGAGCUAUGUAACAAUUAAAAUUAUUUUAU